GAGAAACACACACACACACACACACACACACACAUAUACUAGUGGCGGCCACAUUUUCGCAGCCUGCUCUUCAGACUGACAGCAGCAAACGGAGUUGAGAGGCAGCACGAUAGAGCAGGGGAGGAAGAGAAAGAGAAUUAGAAACAAGGGAGGCAUCCACAGAGGACACUACACAGGAUUCUUCUCCUUUAUCUCUCUAGGAGCCAUAAAAGGAUUCUCCCCUUCUUGAACUGAACUUGCUCUGCUGCUAAGAGGACCUGCACCCUGCUAUGGCAGCCCCGUUGGGACAUGGGAACACUGUCUCCCCCUCGUCUUGUUCCUCUCAUCGUUGGACUAUCCUCCUCUGGGCUCUGUUGACCCUUUCAAGCCAAGUGUGGGGCUUUAAUCUGGAUACUACACACACGCUGCAUAAGUUGGGAGACCGUGGCACCUUUUUUGGUUUCUCUCUAGCACUUCACCAGCAGCUUACCCCAGAGCCUCAGAGCUGGAUCCUCGUGGGGGCACCGCAGGCAGCGGGGCAGGGCCUGUUGCGGGGGAGCCGGCCAGGAGCCUUGUUCAGGUGUCCAAUCACGCCAGAGGAGUACGACUGUGAGAGGGUGGAUAUUGAUGGAGAAGUGAGUCUGGACAGAGAGAGCAAAGACAACCAGUGGCUGGGAGUCACUGUCAAGAGUCAGGGGAUUGGAGGGAAGGUGGUGACCUGUGCUCACCUGUACGAGCUCAGGCAACGCGUGAGUCAACCCUCAGAGACUCGUGACCCUAUUGGACGCUGCUAUGUCCUCAGUGAGGACCUGACAGAGCGAGACGACCUGGAUGGAGGGGAGUGGAAGUUCUGUGAAGGCCGGCCGCAGGGACACGAGCAGUUUGGCUUCUGUCAGCAGGGACUGUCUGUCAGUUUCACUCCAGACAACAACUUCAUUCUGUUUGGGGCUCCAGGAACUUACAACUGGAAAGGUGAGAUGCGUGUCCAGCUCCUAAACCAGACUCUGCUCGACCUCGGUUUCUAUGACGACGGGCCCUACGAGGUGGCAGAUCAGAAACAACUUAAUGCCCAGCUCAUCCCUGUGCCCUCCCACAGUUACCUGGGAUUUUCUGUGGACUCGGCUAUGGGGAUAAUGAGCCUUGGAGAGCUGACCUUCGUGGCGGGUGCACCUCGGGCCAAUCACACAGGGGCCGUGGUGCUGUUGAGGAAAGACAACGUAUACCGGCUGGUGCCACAGCACAUUUUCUGGGGGGAGGAGCUGGCGUCUUCAUUUGGGUACUCGGUAGCUACGACGGAUCUAAACAAGGACGGCUGGACAGAUCUGAUUGUUGGAGCUCCAAAUUUCUUUGACCGUAAGGCAGAGAUUGGUGGAGCUGUGUAUGUGUACCUGAACCCCUUCGGUCACUGGGACGAUCAAGCUCGGCCGAUCCGUCUCAACGGGACGUACGACUCCAUGUUUGGAAUGACAGUCAGUAACAUAGGAGAUCUGGACCAGGACGGAUACGGAGAUAUUGCUGUGGGGGCACCGUUUGAUGGAGAUGGCAAAGUUUUUAUCUACAGAGGCUCAGAUGCUGGAAUUGAAACAAAACCUGCUCAGGUGCUGGACGGUCGCGACUUUGAUGUGAGACGUUUUGGAUACUCCAUCUCAGGCGGUUUGGAUAUUGAUAAUAACCAGUACCCAGAUGUUGCGGUGGGCUCUCUCAAUGACUCAGUGGUUCUCUUCAGGUCUCGUCCAGUCAUCCAUGUGAUCAGAGAAAAAUCUAUCGACCCUCAGAACAUUGAUCUGGAGCAGAACAACUGCAAGGGCAGAGAGGGAGUCUGCGUGGAGGUCAAGGCGUGCUUCACCUUCACAGCCCACCCAGAACACUACUCACCACACAUUACCCUAGUGGUGCUCUUUGAAGCCGACACUGAACGCAGGAAGUUGGGCCUCCCACACCGCGUUAACUUCCUGGGCCGCAGUUCUCUGGAGCCAGAGUACACUCAGACAGAAGAGGUGGAGCUGCAUCGGCAGCGUCACCCCGUGUGCACCACUGCUACCUUCCAGCUCCACGAGAACAUCCGUGACAAACUUCGUCCCAUCUCUCUGGCAAUAACCCACACCAUCAAGCCUGUGCCACCACGCAGACACUCAGGUGCCAAGAGGCUGGAGAAGCUGGCGCCUGUACUGAGUGUUUCUCCGUCUAAUACACUGCACACGGAGGUGAACUUCCUGCGAGAAGGAUGCGGCGAAGACAAAAUCUGCCAGAGCAACCUGAAGCUGAGCUACCAGUUUGGAACACGACCCAUCACCUCUGACCUCUUCACCCCUCUGCCAAAAGAUGAGGAUGAUGUGCAGGUGUUCUCCCUGUCAGACCAGCGGCUGGUGGUGCUGGAGAUCACCGUCACCAACAUGCCCUCUGACCCUCUAAGGCCGGAGGAGGAUGGAGAUGAUGCCCACGCUGCUCAGCUGCUUAUCUCCUUUCCAAACACCCUGUCGUAUGCUGGCUCCAGGGUCCCACCUCAGAUGAGAUGCCAAGCGAACCAGAAUGGCUCCCAAGUUGAAUGUGACCUGGGAAACCCUGUGAAAAGAGACGCUAAGCUGAAAUUCACCAUCAACUUGAGCACAUCCAACAUCACAAUUGAGACCACAGAGCUGACGGCAGAUCUCUUACUGACAACGAUCAGUGAGCAGCCUGACUUGGCACCAGUCACAGCUUUUGCUAAAGUUGUGAUAGAGCUCCCUCUGUCUGUCAGUGGGCUUGCUCGUCCUCACCAGCUGUUCUUCAGUGGCACAGUGAGGGGAGAAAGUGCCAUGACCAGUCUAGAGGAAAUCGGCAGCCCUGUGGAUUUUGAGUUUGUGGUUGCUAAUCCUGGACAAGUCCUGCAGACACUCGGCUCGGCCUUCCUCAACAUCAUGUGGCCUUACGAGCUGACCAAUGAGAAAUGGCUCUUGUAUCCUGCCAGCUUGAAGUUUGAGGGUCACCCAAACACCCAGUGCACCCCGACGGGGGCCUUAAAUCCUCUGCAGCUAUACAGCUCCUCGUCUGCAGAACUCCCACAGUCUGUCAAUCAUGUGGCGGGGCGAACACGCCGCUCCCACCCAGAGGAGGAAGGUCAAGUGAUGACAAAGGGCAACGUGGGGCGAACCACCCCAGCUGUGGCAGCUUCAGAGAGACGCAAGUCGCUCAAACUGGAUUGUCUCUUGGGGUCGGCACGCUGUGUUCUGUUCCAGUGUCCCCUCCACAGCUUCUCCGGUCAGGCUGUCCUCAAGAUUCAUGCCAGGCUGUGGAACAGCAGUUUCAUAGAGGAGUUUCCAUCCGUCAGUGCUCUGGAGCUGCUGGUCAGAGCCAACAUCACUGUGAAGUCCAGCAUCAAACACCUGGUCCUCAAGGACGCAGCUGCACAGGUUCCAGUGAUGAUCUAUCCUGAGCCUGGUCUCGCUGACCAGUACUGGAUCCCCUGGUGGAUCAUCCUUAUAGCUGUUCUGGCAGGCAUCCUGCUGCUGACUCUGCUGGUCUGCAUACUGUGGAAGUGUGGCUUCUUCCAACGGGCCCACUACAAAGACAAAUUGCCUCAGUACCACGCGGUGAAGAUUCCUCGCGAGGACCGGCCACAGUUCCAGACUGAGAAGUCAGGAGUUGUCCAUAAAAAGGAAUGGGCCACGCACUGGACCGACGGGACCUCGUAACUCGCUUUGAAGCACUGACUGACUGAAUUAAUUCAAAUCACCAUGUGUGGCACGCAUUCUGUCUUUGCAUUGGAACUAACGGACUAAAAAAAGUGCACAUGGACUGAGAUCGUGACAUCUUGUGCACUCUGUACUGUGUCAGUACUUGUAAAUUGGUGGCCUGUUACAGUGUGACUGGAUAUAUACUCUUCCAUUCUGUAGCCUGAUGGCUGGCCUUGCAUAGUCUAUUUAUACUGUGCAUCUAUAUCAGUGUGUUACUGUUAAUACUGAAGGCCAAAUACAAUAUUAGAGCCAGUCUAGCUGCUCAAGAUGCUUUGCAGCCUGCAGGAGGAGCAUUGAUGCUCCCAAGGACUUCACUGUCUGUCAUCUGGACAAAGGAGGUCAGAAAAUCACAACUCAAAGACAUGCAUGAAUGCACAUACAGUUUAAUUUUAGAUGAUACAGACACACUGGACAAUAAUGAAGAAGCCACUGCCCGUGACAAAGACUACUUUUUUGCCUUAAUAACUACUGUAAGACUGACGACUGAUAUGGGCAAUGAAAAAUGCAUUUUUUAUAUAUAUAACUGUUGUUUUGGGGUUUUCUUUUAGUUAGCACUGGUAAACAUUGGGAAAAUGUCAGUAUGUAAGAUAUCAUAUCAGUUACAUGUUGCAGAGCACUGAGUGUUGUUGUCUGGGCUUGCUGAUUGCUCUGAAAUUAAGUUCACCUGAUGGUUUUUGUAUUUCCUUAUUCAAGGAAAAGAAAUGCCUUUUUGUGUCAAACUCUUUUUCACUUUUUGUUAACAUGUCAGUCAAAUGUACUGUACAUCAGUCGUUUAUUGCCUGAGUGAACUUGAAUAAGAGCAAGAAAACCACAAUAUGACAACCACAGCCAUAGCACUGUAGUCACAUGAAAAUCAAAUGUGUAAAGAAAAAAGCAAUAUUUAAAAUAUGGUCUGCACAUUUGUAAUAUAAGCAUUUAAGUCUCUGAAUUGGUGUAUAAAAGAAUUAUGUGUGAACACUCAAAUUAAAGGUCCAGUGUGUAAGAUUUAGAGGGAUUUAGUGGCAGCUAGUGGUGAGGAUUGCAGACUGCAACAAGCUGAAACUUCUGGUUAGAAUUCCGUCAGUCUUUGUGCAGUCAGUGUUCAUUGUUCAAGAGGUUUUUACGAGAAGCCGAGUUAUCUGCAGAGGUCAAAUAGACCAGGGGUCUCAUUUAUAAACAUUGUGUAUGCACAAAACGAGGCCUGAAAGAUGUACGCC